AUGUCCGAGCAAGAACUCACAUUACGAUUCAAGGCACUUUUUUUGGCUUGCUGCACUUGCACUUCCAUCGCCGUAUAUGCGGGCAUGGGCACCGCAGAUGCCCGUCUGAAAGAAUGGAAUUCUGUAGCAGGUGUCAAAUGGCUCGUCUUCUUCCAGAUUACCUACGCCUGGAGCCUCCCCUUCAUCAAGUCCAGCAUCUGCUUCACCGUCUUCCGGAUCACGAAUCGAAGAAGAUACCGAUUCAUCCUUUGGAGCGUCAUGAUCGCGUCUGUUCUUAGCACUACCGUCGGCUUCAUUGCGGUCGUCGCUGUCUGUCGACCUAUCAGCUUUACUUGGGACAAGUCUCAAGAUGGGGUAUGUGCGCCUAGCAAUAUCAUCACUAGCAUCAGCUACAUGAUAUCCGUCUUGGCGAUUAUCACCGACUGGACAUGCGCCAUCGUGCCGACCUUUGUGGUGUGGGGUUUGCAGAUGAAGUCGAGAGUGAAGGCCUCGGUGUGUGCCGUCUUGGCUCUGGGAGCUGUAGCAUCAGCAGCCACGAUUAUCCGAUUACCGUAUCUGCAAUACUAUAAUCAAGUCAACGACUAUCUUCAUAACAUUGCCAACAUUGUCCUAUGGUCGAUCUUCGAAUGCGGUAUCGGCAUCAUCGCGGGCUCAUUACCUUCCCUUCGCCGACUCCUCAAAUUCUGGCUCGACAAGUCUUCAAAGGGCUCGUAUAACAAUACCGGAUCGAAUGAUUUGAGAGGUGGCACUGUCCUUCGCGAGCUGAAGUCUUCUCUCAAACUCGUCAUUGCUGGAAAUCACGAUUUCUCGCUAGACCCAGUAGCUUUCGAGGAGAAGAUUCAAGAAGCAAAUCGGAUUAACGGAUCGCCUCUCGAAACCCAGUUGGUAGAAAGAGAGUUCGGCAAAAACGGCGAGGCUCGGAAAACACUUGAAGAUGCCAAACGCGACGGCAUCAUAUUUCUCGACGAGGGCACACACCAUUUCAAUCUUCAGAACGGUGCCUCACUUCAAGUCUACGCAAGCCCAUACACAAAAUCGAGUGAGCCAUGGGGCUACACGUACGCAGACACUCACAUCUUCGACAUUAAGCACGGAACAGAUAUUGCCAUCACUCACAGCCCACCGCGCGGUAUCCUGGACAUGUCAUCCACAAGAGCUCGAAUUGGUUCCGAGGAGUUAUUUGCCUCCAUCGCCAGAACGCAACCUCGUAUGCACUGUUUCGGGCAUACCCACACAGGCUGGGGAGCAAAGCUUGCUACUUGGCGCCCCCAGAUUUCCAACACCCCCUCACAUUUCAGCGACAUUGAUCACGAAAAGUCGAUGGUUGUUGAGGACCUCGCGCGUCUUCGAGGAAGCAAGUUCGAACUAGACGAGGAAAAAGAAGACAGAAUCAGGCGAUUAGACAAGUAUGCCUCUCAGGGAUACUGUUCCACAGGUCACCCAGGACAUGUGGUUAGCCCUGUUGGUGCAGGACAGACAUUGUUCGUCAACGCCUCGAUUAAAGCAGCCGGCGAUAUUGUCCAGCGACCAUGGGUCGUAGACAUCGAUCUACCUAUAACGAAGGCGACCACAGAGGUGAAUGAAAGCAUCGAAAGUGAUGAUGCAGCGAAGUCCAAGUCAGAGGGUUCUUCAUCGACGGGCUCAAAUCUCACAGAAAAGAGGAAAAGAGAUGAUCAGUUGGAGACCAAUGAGUUAAAGAAGAGACGUUUGGAAUAA